AUGACCUCCAGUAAAGACAUGAAGGCAGGUUCCGUGUUGCAGUCCAGCGGCGAGGAGAGGAGACGGGCUCCCUUGGAUCAGCUACCACCGCCAGCCAACUCCAACAAGCCUUUAACGCCGUUCAGCAUUGAGGAUAUCCUUAACAAACCCUCGGUAAAGAAGUCGGUCGCCAGUAUCUGUCCGCCGAGAGUGCUAGAGAAAGUGACGGGCUCCAACUCGGCAAGGAACGGGAUCACCACUCCCUCCUCGCCGCUGUGCGCGCUGGAGGAGCUGGCCAGUAAAACGUUUAAGGGUCUGGAAGUCAGCGUUAUCCAGGCAGCAGAAGGUCGUGAGCACGUAAACGCUUUCGGACAGAGGCAGACGUCGAAAAAGAGGAGAAAGUCGCGGACGGCCUUCACGAAUCAUCAGAUUUACGAACUGGAGAAGAGGUUUUUGUACCAGAAAUAUCUUUCUCCUGCCGACCGAGACCAGAUCGCGCAGCAGCUGGGGCUCUCCAACGCUCAGGUCAUCACUUGGUUUCAGAACCGCAGGGCCAAACUCAAGCGGGACCUGGAGGAGAUGAAAGCGGACGUGGAGUCAUUAAAGAAAAUCACCCCACAGACCCUGCAGAAGCUCGUCACCAUGGAAAACAUUGAGGAGAGCCAGGGCGGGGGGACCGAGGCCAGAUCACCUAGUAUCUCCCCGACCUCCCAAGGACACCGGGCCUUCCCUCAGUCCCCCUCCUCAUCCAGAGACCAAACCACGGAUGAAUUCUCGGAGGACGACGAGGAAAUCGAGGUGGACGAUUGA